AUGGAGUACUUAAUUUUGGAGGAGAAAUAUAAAAACCUCUUGAACAAAUCCAACCAUGAGAAGGCUGUCCUGAAAAAGGAGUCACAGGCCCUACGGAAAAAGUUACAGAACCUCGAAGGGGCCUAUAUCGAAAAGGAAAAAGAGGUGGCGGAUAUACUAGGGGAGAAAGAAAACCUGGAAAAUCGACUUAGCAUAAUUGGGAAAGAAAAUGAAUCUUUGGAGGAGGAAAUAAUAAAACUUAACGAAAAAAUAGUGGACCUGACCGAUUUAUCUAAAACGUAUCGACAAAUGAUAAAAAGCCGAAACAAGGAAUUGCAACACUCGCACUUUUUGGUUGCUGAAAAUAUGCACCUUAGAAAUAGCCUUGAGCUGGCGCAUAGCGAAAAGCUAGAGAUGGAAUCCGAAUUGGGAAAGAAAAAAAACAUCAUACGGUUGAUCAAAGAUAAGUAUAAAAACAACAUAGGCAGGCUUCUUGAAAAGUUUAACGAAAAGGAUAGACACUUUUACGAGUUCCAAACUUCCGUCGUAAAAGAAUUGAACAAUUUAAAAAUGGCCAUCCGGCGGGAACAGGAAAACACCUUUUAUGACGAUAGUAUACGGGACGAUACUAUUUUUAACAUAAGCCAUCACCUAGAUGUGCUGAUCAAAAAGAUGGAGGAAAAAAUGACAAUAUCCGUAACGAAGUAG